AUGCAAAGCUCCACGCGCUGCAUCCUCACAAUCUCAACUGCGCGCACCUCUGUCUCCGUCAUGGCCACAACUGCGACGAAUGGCGAUGCCGCCACUGCUCUGGACAAUCUGAAACCUCCUACCGGGGUUGUCCUUCCUCCGCGCGAAAUUCGCAACGUUCUCGAGAAGACGGCCGGAUAUGUCGCCCGAAACGGCCUGGUUUUCGAAGACAGGAUUCGCGACAAAGAGCGCUCCAACCCCAAAUUCAGCUUUCUCAACGACGCCGAUGCCUACCACGCUUAUUAUCAAUGGCGACUCGACGAAAUCAAGGCCGGUCGCGGCACCGCUAUAGCCGCUGGUCGCGCGAACGAAGCAGCUGCCCCCGCCGAACAGAAGCCACAGGGCCCUCCCAAACCCCCCGAUUUCCAAUUUUCCGCCCGCAUGCCUAGAAUCAAUCAAAAAGAUCUGGAAGUCAUUCGCUUGACAGCUCUUUUCGUAGCGAAGAACGGCCGCCAGUUCAUGACCCAACUCGCCCAGCGCGAGGCUGGAAACCCGCAAUUCCAGUUCCUCAUCCCCAACCAUACGUUCCACAACUUCUUCCAACAUCAAGUUGACCAGUACACUGCAUUAUUGAGGGCCAGUGGUUUGAGUGGCGAAGGUGGAAAACUGGAGCAAGAACGCAUCGCCUAUCUCCGGCAAAACGUCGACGACAAAUAUCAUGUCCUGAGUCGCGCGAAACAACGCGCCGAGUACUCGAAAUUUCAGGAAACAGAGAAGCAAAAGAAGGAGGAAGAGGAUGAGAAAAAGCGAGCUGAAUUCGCCCGAAUCGAUUGGAAUGACUUUGUUGUUGUUGAGACCAUUGUCUUCACCGAUGCCGACGACCAUGCGAACCUGCCGCCUCCAACGAACCUUUCUGACUUGCAGUACGCGUCGCUUGAAGAGAGAAAUAAAGCAUCCAUCAGUUCCAACCUCCGUAUCGAGGAAGCUUUCCCAGGCGAAGAAGAUGCGACAUAUAAUGCCUACCCACAGGCCUCUCACACGCUGCCAGUUCACACGGGCUAUGCGCCUCAACAGCAGUACCAGACACAGCCCCUGCCGAUGCCUCAACAAUACCAAAAUGGACCACCACGGCGAUCGGCAGAGGAGGAAGAAGAGGAAAGGAGGAUACAAGAGAGAUCAGAGGCGCGUGCCAGAGAACAACAGGCUCGUGCGGAGGCUCGCGGAGGCAACGCGCCGAUGAAGAUCAAGGAGAACUACGUCCCCAGAGCAUUGCAACGCAAUGCAAAUAAGCAAAGCGUGCAGACGGCAUUAUGUCCGAACUGCAAACAGCAGAUUCCCAUGAAUGAGCUCGACGAGCAUAUGCGAAUCGAGCUUCUUGAUCCCCAGUGGAAAGACCAAAGAGCUAAAGCUGAAGCGCGAUACGCAACAACAAAUCUGUCCACGGCGGAUGUAGCCAACAACUUGAAACGUCUAGCAAGUCAGAGAAGUGACGUAUUCGAUGGGGUCACUGGCCAGCCCAUGUCGGAAGAGGAACUCGCUCGGAGGAAGAAGGCAGCGAUUCACAGUUUCGACGGAAAUCCAGACGGCAAGAGCCAGGCGCAUAUUAACCAUCUGCACAGCCUGAACGUUGAGGAGCAGAUUCGACUUAUGCAAUGCUUCUCCAGCAUGUGCUUCCGGCGCAACCUCAACCACCGGGCUGUUUUUCUCAAUAUUGUUCGGGAUUAUUAUGGCCACGGGGAAUGUGCUCCCCAAGACGAAGCCCUCGACGAUCGAUUUGCCCCCCAAUCAGCCGUCAAAACGGAUUCCGGAGGCCAGAACGCAGCUCGCGCUACCGGCGCUGAGCCAUCCUCUCCCACAUCUCCGACCGGAUCACAGGCGGGCAGCCAGGCCUCGCCGCGCUUUCAUCGGCCCAUCAUGCAGGCAAUGCCUGAUACGCGACAGCAGUCGUUCGAUGAGAUCUACGGCCCGCCCGAAAACUUCCUCGAGAUCGAGGUCCGCAAUCCCCGAACCCACGGCAUGGGCCGCGGCAUGUACACCGACUAUGAGAUCGUCUGCCGCACCAACAUACCCGCCUUCAAGCUCCGAGCCUCGAGCGUGCGCCGCCGCUAUUCCGACUUUGAAUACUUCCGCGACAUUCUCGAGCGCGAAAGCGCUCGCGUGACCAUCCCGCCCCUGCCCGGCAAGGUCUUCACGAACCGAUUCAGCGACGACGUCAUCGAGGGUCGCCGCGCUGGUCUCGAAAAGUUUCUCCGCAUCGUCGUCGGCCACCCGCUUCUGCAGACGGGAAGCAAGGUCCUGGCAGCCUUUGUGCAAGAUCCUAACUGGGACCGUAAUGCAUGGUGA